AUGAAGCUUUUCGGAAUCGUUUUUGCUAGCGUCAGUGCUGUGACUUGGGAAAAAAUGGACGAGAGAAGAGCUGAAUUUACUGGUCGACUUGAUGCCGAAGGACGAACCCGUCUUUCAAGCCGAUACGAUCAAUUUCUCCAAAACGCUCUGGAUGCUGUCCCCGAGGAUAACCUCUCCGUCGACGGGUGCCAGAACGUCUGGGGCAUUGAUGACGAGAGCGACGAUUCUUUCGACCCCGCGACCGCGACUCACUGCGAAUACGGGCGCAAAUUGGCUCGCAACUACCUUCGACUUGUCAAGAAGGACCUCUGCUUGGACGGACUUGAGCGAGGAGGAAAGAGCUUGAGGAACAAUAUUGAAAAGAAAUUCGCUCAGGUGGUCAAGUUCACUCGAGCCAGAGACUUCUGCCAAUAA